GGAUAUUAAAGAAGGCUAGUCGCUGCGAAACGGCAUCCACAACACCCUUGUAUGUGUAAUAGCUAUGUCGCGUCUUUCUAUGUGUCUGUUGUAAACAGUCACGCGAUUACACGCGCAGAAAAGGAAAUGCCUUCCUCGCCACUUCUGGCCCGUGACUCCACUCGAAGCAUCACGAAUGCGGCGACUUGUGCCUUCUUCGUCGGAUUUUUUUUCGGUCCUGCCACAGUGUACAGUGAAAACGUUCCUCCGGUUAUCCAUGUCGACUCCGGACUCUUGGCGGGAAUCCGCUUGUCAAUCGGUGACAGGCGGGUUGACGCGUACAUGGGCAUACCGUACGCUGAAGCGCCAGUGGGUGACCUUCGUUUUCAAAAGCCACGACCAGUUUCUCCCUGGAAAGGAGUGUACAAUGCCACAAGCAAGCCGAAGGCGUGCAAGCAACUACCAUGUCCACUGAUACCUACGCUGACCCUGGAUUACACCAACGCGUCGGAGGACUGCUUGUACGUCAACGUUUGGAAACCAGCGUCGCCAUGCGCCGAGCCACGCACAACGUGCAAGCGAAAAUUCCCUGUAUAUGUGUUCAUUCAUGGAGGUGGUUUUCAGUGGGGUGACUCAGCCCUUCUCGUCUACGAUCCCGCAAACUUCGUGGCCCUCACCGACGUUAUUGUAGUGACUUUCAAUUACCGAGUAGGAAUCAACGGCUUUCUUUCCCUAGAAAUUCCGGAGAUACCGGGGAACAUGGGCCUUUGGGAUCAAAACAUGGUGCUCAAGUGGGUACAGAGAAAUAUAGCGAGCUUUGGUGGUGACCCCAAUGAUGUCACAUUGGGAGGUCAGAGCGCUGGAUCUACAUCCGUGGGACUUCAUGUAGUGUCUCCUCACAGCAAGGGACUCUUCAAAAGGGCUAUUAUGCAAAGCGGAGCUCCCUUGUCCAUGAUAGCAACACUAUACUUCAGAGGAGAGGGGAAGUUCAUAAACGCGGCCGGUGCCCUGGGCUGCUACGACUCGAAAAAGGCACUCAAGGAGCAGCUAAGCAACGUUCUCGCCUGCCUGCGUCGUUUAGAUUCAAGUUUUAUAAUAAACACUGUCGAUAAGUUUGAUAUCGUGCAGCGCAUGUUUGCGCCUAUAGACAGGGAUGACUUCUUGCCGCUUUCCAUCCUAACGCCACAGUCUUGGAUGAACAUGGGCAUCGGAGAACUGCUGCUGGGAACCACUUUGAACGAGGCUACAAUGUUCCUGGGAGUGUUGCAGGAGGCGUUCCGCGAGCUUCUGGGUAUGAUGAAGUCUCAGUACCGCAUGCUCAGCAUCAUAAUCAUGGCUCAGACCUUGAACAUUCCUGUCUCGAAGUCAAAGGAGAUUGUGCGGGCUUACUUCGGCGCCGACGAUAAAGAGCACAGUUUCACUGAGGUUCAGGAUACUCUUUCUAAAAUGCUAGGCGACGCUGUGUUCGACUGCCCGGUGCAAUUUUUCGCGGACAGCGCUUCGCAACGGGGAGUCAAGACGUACAGGUACCUCUUCGGCCACCGACCUGCGUACAGUUUCUACGACGAGUGGAUGGGUGUGGCGCAUGGAGAGGACCUAUUUUACACCAUGGGAUCUCUGCCAUUCAUCAAUGACCAGAGCCGGUAUAUCGACGCAAUGGGUAAAGACAUCAAAGACCUCAUGGCAUCCAAGAACUACACACCGAAAGAUGAGGCGUUCAUGAAAGAAGUCGUUGGUGCUUGGGGUUCGUUCAUUAAAACAGGGAAACCUAUGGUUCCCAAGCCUGGAGCAACAUGGAAGAGGUACGGCGUAGGGAGCUAUCCUCUCGUUUUCUUAAAACCAGACAACUACACAACAUUCCAAGAUGACAAGAGGAAACGCUGCGCCAUGUGGAAGCCGAUCCUGUACAGAGACGAACACACAGCCACAGUGGCUCCGAGCACGAAGCCGACCAAACGUCCCUUAACGCCGACACCCACUCUGACAGCGAAAGACCGGGCGUCAACACUGGCCCCAGCUGUAACGUCUUUAAUAGCCGUGCUCGUGCUGGUCAUCGAAAGAACUUUUGAUGUGAAAGUUGACUAGGGUUCGGUGCAACUGUCGAUUAUUUGCUGUUUUACAGGCACGACGCACUAUGGCGAAAAUAUAAUUGCAGCCUCUACAGCUAUUUAUGACAGCCGACAGGUACAUUCAAGCACAAAUUCGACUCUCAGCUGAAAAAACACCAUAGUCGUCAUCACCGUUCAUCCCUUCGUGGUCCUCAAGAUUCAAGAUUCAUUUAUUUCUCCAAGAGAACAGUGAUGUAAACCAAGAACUUUGGCCUUCACACACUGUAUAAAGCAAUGGAAAUAUUUCAGUCAUCGUUCUUUAUUACAAACUACUUCAAGCUCCUCCGGCAUAGGCUAAAAAAAAAAACGUGCUUACGGUUUUCGACCAUGACAAAUCAGUUUUGCGGA